AUGGCGACGGCAGCAGCUCCCGAGACCUCUCUCCUCUCUCUUCUCUACCGGUCGUAUCCCGCUGUAGUCUCUCCCGAUUCGACCGAGCCCGAUUACCUCCACGCCUCGGCCAAGAUCUUCCCUCAAGUCACCUUCAGUGAGGCAGAGGAAGCCGACAUCAAGCAAUGGCUCAACACCGUCUCCGGCCUGAAGACUUCUCUCGCCAAUGACGAGAAGGACGUCACUGCCGGAAUCCUCGAACAGCUGAACAUCCACCUGGCCACCCGCACCACCCUCCUCGGCGCGAAGCCCUCGCGCACCGGAGAAAAGGGCUACCACCAUAUCGUGCGUCACGUCGACUUCGUGCAGAAUGGCCGCCUGUUCUCGCUCCAGAUCCCCGAGGAGGAGAAGAUCGCCAUCGACCUGAACGACGUCAAGUUCGUCCCCAAGCCCGUCGACCCUAAGGAGGAGAAGGAGCGCAAGAAGCGUGAGAAGGCCAACGCCCAGAACCCAGAUUCCAACAACGAGUCCAAGCCCCUCGUCAUCGGCCAAGGUAAGGCUGAGCAAGCCGCCAAAGCCCAGACCCAGGUCGGCGCCGACGGCGCCCCCGUGAAAACCAACAAGAAGGAGAAGAAGGAGAAGAAGGAGAAGAAGGAGAAAGCCCCCAAGCCUGCUCCUGCCCCCGCUGCUCCCCCGGCCCCAUCACUGAUUGACCUGCGCGUCGGACACAUCCUUCGCGCGAUCAACCACCCCAACGCGGACUCGUUGUACGUGUCCACGAUCGACUGCGGCGAUGCCCCGGGCAGCGACAACACCUCUCUCGACGAGGAGACUGGCAAGACCGUGCGAACCGUGUGCUCUGGACUGAAUGGGUUGAUCCCGCUCGAGGAGAUGCAGGGCCGCAAGAUCGUUGCCGUGUGCAACCUGAAGCCUGUGACCAUGCGUGGCGUCAAGUCCUGCGCUAUGGUUCUCGCUGCGUCCCCGCGUGUUGCGGAGGGCGAGGACUCGCACGCCGGUCCUGUCGAGCUCGUUAACCCUCCUGCCGAUGCCCCUGCCGGUGAGCGUAUCAGCUUCGAGGGCUGGAACGAUGGUCAGCCUGAGAAGCAGCUUAACCCCAAGAAGAAGGUCUGGGAGACUUUCCAGCCGGGUUUCACUACUACUGCCGACCGUGAGGUUGCCUUUGAUAGCAGCGCCGUUCCUUCUGUCCAUGGACAGGAGGGCAAGCCUGCUCUUGGAAAGCUGGUUGCUGCCUCUGGUGGUGUUUGUACUGUUAAGAGCUUGACUAAUGCUACUGUUCGGUAA